AUGUCGACAACUACGCUAAACGAAGUGGCCGUUGUACAACCAAACAACCAGCUACGAGAGACACCAAAGAGGCGGAAACGGAUCAUCGUAGCCUUGACAGGCGCCACGGGCACCGUGCUCGGCAUCCAGACUCUCAUUGCCCUCCGGCGUCUCAACGUAGAGACGCAUCUCAUUGUGAGCAAAUGGGCCGACAACACGCUCAAGUACGAGACCGACUACACGCCGUCGAGCGUGCGCGCCCUGGCCGACCACGUCUACAGCAACCACGACAUGGCGGCGCGGAUCGCGAGCGGCUCGUUCCGCGUCGACCACGGCAUGAUUGUCGUGCCCUGCAGCAUGAAGACGCUGGCGGCCGUCAGCGCGGGCUACUGCGACGACCUGAUUGCCCGGGCCGCCGACGUUGUGCUCAAGGAGCGCCGGCGGCUGGUGCUCGUCACUCGGGAAUGUCCCUUGAGUGGCAUCCACCUGCAGAACAUGCUCACGGCCACGCAGAAUGGCGCCGUUAUAUUUCCUCCAGUGCCGGCAUUCUACAUCCGUCCUUCUUCCGUCAAUGACCUGGUCAAUCACACCGUUGGCCGCGUAUUGGAUCUGUUUGACUUGGACACUGAGCAAUUUGAUCGAUGGGAGGGGUUUCAGAAGGCUGAGAGAUAG